UCGACUCCUAGGCUAGAAUCAAAAUUUAGCGUGAAAAAAAAAAAAGAAUCGAGAUUUCCCGAAAAAAGUAAGGUUCUUCCAUGAAAAUGAAUCCAAACAAUUACAACUGAGAUAAAAUACCGGCGAGAAACAAGAAAAAGAAAGGACGACGGAGGUGGAGGAAGAAGAAAGAGAGAUUAAGAAAAAGAAGAGAGAGAAACAGUCACCAAAACUCAGUCCUCCCCUCUUCAAACCCUAAUCCACCAAUUUUCUCUCUCUACCUAUACGUACAUAUAUUUUAAUUGAUAUAUUCAUGUUCUUGUAAUUUCUGAUCAUUCACAUUUCUGCUUCAUAAUUCAGUUUCCCGUAUUGCCCUUCCGCUUUAUCCGAAUUUCCAGAUCAUACCAGAAGCAAUUGCAGUGUUUUCGAGGGCAAUUCGGUCCAGAUCUGAAAGGACUCGUUACUGACCGUAAAAUAUAUCUGCAAUGGACGAUCUCGAUGUGCUGGCUCGAGACUUCGGGUUCAAACCCGCCGGAAAAUCAGCUCCCAUGAGAUCCGACGGUGGAGAUCGCCGCUCCUCUUCCGUCCGAUCAUCAAACUCUUCACCAUUGUUCGAUGAUCCUGAUAGUCUAUUAUACAAAGAUGUCUUCACAAAAUCUAGUAAUAACAACAGUAAAUACUCUUCAAUGAGCGAUUUCAAUUACGAUUCCAUUUUCAAAUCCGAUUCGAAUAGCAACAAGAACCACAAUAACAACAACAAAACGUCGUCGUUGCCGGUGUACGACAAGCCAGUGUACGACGAGGAUAUUUUCGAUGGAUUGCCAGGACUGAAGAGCAAAUCGGUAACCGAAAAAUCUGCAUCCGCCGUGGGAUUUGACGACGACGUUUUUGCUAAAAUGACUUCGCCUCCGCAACCAAAGCAUAAAGACGAUCACUUUGGUGAUCUGCUGGGUAAUUUGAAGGGGAAUGAGAAGAAGGUGACAGAGCCGAAGAAUAGUACGAGCAGCUCGAGUGCCAGAGGGUUUGAUGAUUUGUUAGCUGGUUUUGGGAGUAGCAGCACUUCCACCACUAAUAAGAGGUCAUUUACAGAGUCUAGUCAAUACUCCAAACCCGCUGGAAAUCCAAAUCAAAGUUCUAGUGUGAUGGAUGACCCUUUUGCAGGCUUAGGGUCAACUUCAAUGGCGGCUUCGUCUUCCCCAGGGGAGUUCAUGGAUCCACUUGAAGAGAUUGGUCAUCAGCUUGGUAAAUCUGGAAAUGCAAAAUCUGAAGCUUCAUCGGUUAGUGGAGGAGGACUUGAUGAUUUAGAUCCAUUGAAUGGUUUUAGUAAGUCUGUCCCUCCGUUCUACCCUGCUAGGAAUAAUAGAGGGACGGAAGGGAGCCCUCAAAGUGCAGGAUCGGGAAGGAGCGACACACAAACCUCUACUUCUAGAGAAAACAUUGGCAAAUCAUCUUCUAGAUCUUCUGGUAGCCGCUCACAGAAAAAGGUGCCUGGGGAUAGUUUUCAGGACUCUCCUCUUUUUGACAUGCCUUCAGCUGAUCCUCGGAGAUCUUUUGGUCAAGCUGCUUCCCCUCCAUAUGCAAGUAGCAAUAUUCAUGAAAGAAACUUUGAAUCAGAUACAUCCCCAAGAUCAGAGGAACCUUCUGAUGAUGUAUGGCUUUCUGUAUCAGAGAUUCCUCUUUUUACACAACCUACAAGAGCUCCACCUCCAUCACGACCGCCACCUCCAAUUCCACGGCGAAAUAUAAAGUCAGAUUCAAAUGCAAGAAAGAAGGGUGACAGAUAUUCGUCUUCUCCAAGUUACAAUCAACACUCUGAAAGUCCUAAACUUGCUCGUCCUGCAGCCAAGAGCGCUCCAAUUUCACCGUUGGAUGAACUUGAUGAAUUUGCCAUGGGUAGGUCUCCCCAUAGUGUGGAUGAAGGUGCAGAUAUUCAUUCUGGUGAAGAUGUGAGUGCAAACUCAGUAGCUGCUGCAUCUGCAGCUGCGAUGAAGGAGGCUAUGGAUAGAGCUCAGGCCAAAUUUAGACAUGCUAAGGAAGUUCGAGAAAGAGAAUAUGCAAAGGCAGCUAAGAGUAUGGAGGCCGUAAACCUGGACAGGGAAGAACAAGCCGUGCAUGAGAUGGAAGAAAAAGAACUGAGAGAAAACAAGGAGAGGUUAGAACGUGAACAUCAACAGAGGGAAAAAGAAGAGGAAGAGAGAGCACAGCAGAAACUGGAGAGGGAGAGGGAGAGGGAGAGAGCUAGGGAGAUGGAAAGAGAUAGGGGUAGGCAAGCUGUAGAAAGGGCUACUAGGGAAGCACGUGAAAGAGCAGCAGCAGAAGCUAGAGAAAGAGCUUCUGCUGAUGCUCGUUUGAAAACCGAAAGAGCUGCUGUGGAGAAGGCUGCAGCUGAAGCUCGAGAACGGGCUGAAAGGGCUGCGGUUCAGCGAGCACAAGCAGAAGCACGUGAAAGAGCUGCAGCAGAAGCUAGAGACAGAGCACAAAAGGCAGCUGCUGAAGCAAGGGAAAAAGAAGCACGUGAAAAAGCUUCAGCUGCAAAAGUUGAGGCUGAGGCAAGACGUCGAGCAGAACGAGCUGCUGUAGAAAGGGCUGCUGCAGAGGCUCGGGAAAGGGCAGCUGCAGAGGCUCGAGAAAGGGCUGCUGCUGCUGCAAGGAUGAACCAGCAAAAGAAUGACGAUGAUCUUGAAUCCUUUUUUAAUAUGGGUUCUAGAGCCAACAGUGCACCAAAGACAAGAACAAGUUCUUCUGAGACUUCAUUUGCUUCACAGUUCCAGAACAAGGCAGGUCCGGAAGGGCCAAAGGCAACAUUCUCAUCUACUACAACCUCCUCCAACAGGACAAAGGCAUCUUCAUCAACUACGAGUAUUGUUGAUGAUCUCUCUUCAAUUUUUGGAGCUGCCACAUCAUCUGGAGAUUUCCAAGAUGUUGAAGGGGAAACAGAAGAAAGAAGAAGAGCUAGACUAGAACGCCAUCAACGAACUCAGGAGCGUGCGGCCAAAGCUUUGGCGGAAAAGAAUCAGCGUGACCUUCAAGUUCAGAGGGAGCAGGAAGAAAGACAUAGAAUCGGUGAGACCCUAGAUUUUGAAAUCAAGCGGUGGGCUGCUGGGAAAGAAGGAAAUCUGCGUGCACUGCUAUCAACUCUGCAAUAUGUGCUUUGGCCUGAAUGCGGUUGGCAGCCGGUUUCUUUGACGGAUUUGAUUACUGGUGCUUCUGUGAAGAAGGUAUAUAGAAAAGCGACAUUGUGUAUCCAUCCCGAUAAGGUGCAGCAGAAAGGCGCCACCCUUCAACAGAAAUAUAUUGCGGAGAAGGUGUUUGACAUGCUCAAGGAAGCAUGGAACAAAUUCAACUCAGAGGAGCUUUUCUAGAUGCUGCACUCAUUCAUUAGCUUUGAGCUACCUUUGAAUUUUUGAUAGAAGAGGUAGGAACUGUUUCAAAGCAUGCUCGUGGUGCCCUGUGCAUUAUUAUCUUGUCUCCCCAUCACGUGGCAUUAUUGGGCCGAUGAAAGAGGCCUUCGUAGCAGUGAUGUUAAACUGUAAUGUAUAAUAUGUCGCUGUAAAUUGAUGUCAGUGCCAAAGACAUUUAUGGUGAAUGGCACUUGAAUCGACUGGUUUCGGGGAUAAAAUAUCACCAUUGUUCAUUAUGUGCAGCAAGAAAGGAGCAAUUUAUCAUUGAAUUGAAAAGUUAUACAAAAUGUAUUUUCACCAUUCAUUUAUGUCAAGUUUUUGUAUCUUUUUGAGGAGAAAAAAUCUCUCUUCCAUCAUUUUUGGACUGAGAACGAGUUUGCCUGUAUUGAGUAUCAGAAUGAUAUUUUUGCAUGGUGUGAAAGGUGAAGUUUAAAUGUGAA